UUUGAUCUUGGCUGCAUGGACUACCUUCCGCGUGGAUACGCCAUCUUGAUGCUUCCUCCUCCGGUAGCCUUCUCAGCGACUAGCCUUGGGACGUAGGCAGUCUUCAGAGUUGAAUGCAGCUUUCCGAAAUCGCACUCGUACAACAAUGGCACGCUGGGCGAUUUGGGACAUCUGGAAUGAAGCGUUGGGCGUCGCGACAACACCAAGCUAUGCAUGUGGCAAUCGGCAUCUCUGCAUCGUGGUUUGCGAGAGCUUCCGCGUUGCUCAGCGCUUCGGAUACGAACUGCACCGAAGUGGAUCAUGCUCAACGGUUUCCAUUCACCGUGCGGACGACACAGCUGUCAUGAAUCACACAUGGUACACCCAGUAUCUCGUCCGCGCCUCGGGAUCCCCGUACGGGGCCCGCGAUCGUUUCUGGGAAAUCGGCAAUACUGAGAGAUAAAAGAGGCUUCCUGAGCCACCGAUGCCUCCUCGUCAUUGGGCGCUCUUCUCUUUGACACUCUCACCGGUCUCGCGACUUGCAAGCUCACGAAGCUCACCAUGUUCUUCCGUGCUGCGUUGCUCGCCCUGGUCUCCUCCGCGGUGGCCGUCUCCGCCACCCCGGGCCUCACCCUUAGUGUCUCGGGACCCGAGGCUGUCGAUGGUGUAGAGAACCUCAAGGUCGUCACCACCGUCAAGAACACCGGUGAUGAGACUCUCAAGCUCCUCAACAACCCUUCCUCCGUCCUGAGGAAGGCCCCAACCAACUCCUUCACCAUCGCUGAUCACACUGGCGCGUCGCCCUCCUUCAACGGCAUCGUCGUCAAGUACGCCAUGGACAAGGCUGUCAACUCCCAUAAGGACACUUCCUUCACGGUCCUCGCUCCUGGUGCCUCCGUCUCCAUCGAGCACGACCUGUCCGCCGCCUACAACUUCACCUCGUCCGGUAGCAGCACCUACAGCAUCGAGCCAUCGAACCUCUUCCACUACGUCGACUCGGAGACGAGCAAGCCCGUCGCCCUCUACGCCGACGUCGAGGGCGCUCACGUUGCCGCCGUCUCGGGCAAGCUCGCCGUUGCUCGCCCGACCCCGACGCUCACCAAACGCGAGAGCUUCGUCGGCUGUUCCUCGUCCGAGAAGUCGAAGGUGUCGUCCGCCGCUACCCACGCGCAGUCCUACGCGAAGAAGGCCUACAACUACCUCUCCACCAACACCGCCUCCACCCCCCGCUACACGACCUGGUUCGGCACCUACACCUCCAAGCGCCAUUCCACCGUCCUCUCCCACUACUCCAACAUGAACUCGGCCUCCUACGCCGACUUCACGUACGACUGCUCGACCUGCGACGAGGCGGACACGUACGCUUACGUCUAUCCCGACUCGUACGGCAAGGUCUACCUCUGCCCCGUGUUCUGGGAGACGACCACGACCGGCACCGACUCCCGCGCGGGCACGCUGAUCCACGAGUCCUCGCACUUCACCAAGAUCGCCGGCACGGACGACCACGUGUACGGCCAGACCGACGCCAAGUCGCUCGCGAAGAGCAACCCCACCGAGGCGAUCGACAACGCGGAUAACCACGAAUACUUUGCGGAGAACCACCCUUCGCAAGACUGA